UAAAAAUAAUAAUUAUAAUAGAACACUCGAUCAAUAAUUCUAUAAUACAGUCUUUGAUCGUUAAAAAUAAAAUCAAAGCCGUUUUUCAGCGACAUAAUCGAACCGUGAACGUGAUCCUUACCGUACGUAAUGGCCGCGAACGUGUUAUCCGCCUUGAACGACAUCGACGCCGCGUUGCGCGCCACCUCCAAACCGUGGAACGGCCUGUUCUCCUGGGCCGAGGACCGGACCGGCAUCAGCCGCCUGAAGCUGUUCUUCGGCGUGGUUUGCGCCACGUGCAUGUUCCUGAUCCCGGGCAGCCUGUACUCGGCGCUGGUCAGCGACCUGCUGGGAUUCGCGUAUCCCGCUUACGCGACCGUCGCGCUGAUGAUGCGCACCGUCGAACAGUUGCCGGCCGCCGACCACCGCUCGUCCGUGUCGCCAGACAACCGAUGGUUCACUUAUUGGAUGUUGUUCGCCGUCUCGUUGACGGUGCAGCAAAUGUGCGGCGGCUUUCUUCGGUUAGUGCCGUUCUAUUGUCUGUUAAAGACCGCGUUUUUCGCAUGGUGCGCCGCGCCGAUGGAGGCCAACGGUGCCGCUUACGUGUACGCCGUCGUCGUACGCCGUUAUUUUAACCCCGACGAGCGUUGACCGCGCAAACGGCACGAGUCCGGGUUUCACGUAUCAUGAAUAUUUCACGUUUACGUAAGAUAUCAUCGCUUCGGGGAGACGCCGCAUCCUCAACUGUUGGACGGUGCGUAUCAUCAGCGCGCGACGGUCGCGUAUAAGCGGGAUACGGGAAUCCGAGCUGAUCGCUGCAGACCAACACCACGUGUCGGGAACACGCGCGUGGCGCAAACCGAAGAACGACUUUUGGCUGACGUCGGUCCCAUGACAAAAUAGAAAGGUAUGUCAGCAACGAUACGAGUUUUGGUCCUGUUAGCGCAUCCCACCCUUCCCAUCCAUAAUCGUGGUUCGCAUCAUUUCAUUGGCCGUUAAAUUACCCUCCAAAAAUACAAUUUUGAUUAAAAAUUAAUAAUUAUGAUUUAUGAAUAAUACGAGCUUUUUACUAUGACAAAUUACAUUUUAUCAUUUUUUUGUAUGACGUCUGAUGCAAUUUUUUUUUAUGUUAUUCAUCGAUAUCAAUGUAUUAUGAUAUUUUAAUAUAAACAAAUACAAUCAAUUUGCGAAUUAUUUGUUGUUAAUUGUUUAUACUAGAUUAUAUAAGUUGAUUGUGUUUAUUUAAUUCUGCAUAAAACGAUUUACAUAGAAUAAGUAAAAUACUCCUAUAGGUAUAUAAUAUUUACAUUUUCACACACAAAAUGCCAAUUUGUGAGUUUUUUGGAUGUGAUAAUGGUAGCAAAAGAAAAAGUUUGGUGAAAAAUCAUAAAAUUAUGUUACAUCGGUUCCCAAAAGACCCAAUUUUAAGGGAUUGCUGGGAAAAACAAAUACACCAAUAUGGCCAAACAGAUGCAGAUAGGAAAUCCAUAAAUUUUAAUUCUGGUAAAAACAAAUAAUUUUUAGUAAUAAUAUUUACUUUAGUAUCUUACUUGACUUCCGUAUUUAUUCAACAUUAAAUAAUUAUAUUUAGCGGUUGUUUGUUCUUUGCAUUUUGCAAAUGAUAGUUAUAUCAUGUCUUCCGGAAUUAAGUGUAGAAAAGCAUUAAAAUCAAAUGCUAUUCCUUUGAAGUAAGUUUUUUAAAAUUAUGAUUUCUUAAUUACAUAAAUAUAUUAUUUAUUUUAUGUAUUUAAAUAUAUAAUUUGGAUUUAUUUAAAUUUUAAGUAUACGUGGCAUGAUUGAUGGUAUUAUGUGUCUUAAAGAGUUUAUUACUCCUCAAAAGAACAGGUGAAGUUGUAAUGAACCAGUAAUAAUCACCUUAGCUGGAAAAUUCUCUGUGUACGAUUAAAUUUAAAUACAAUCUAUUACUAAAUUACUCAACUAAACAGUAUAAUUUAUGAUAUAUUUUUAAACUAUAGUACAGUCUUUGAUCGUUAAAAAUAAAAUUGACGCCAUUUUUUCAAUUUAAAUAAAUACAAAUUAUAUAUUUAAAUAUAUAAAAUAAAUAAUGUAUUUACGUAAUUAAGAAAUCAUAAUUUUAAAAAAUGAUGGAUUUCCUAUCUGCAUCUGUUUGGCCAUAUUGGUGUAUUUGUUUUUCCCAGCAACCCCUAAAAUUUUGUCUUUUGGGAACGAUUGUAACAUAAUUUUAUGAUAUUUCACCAAACUUUUUCUUUUGCUACCAUUAUCACAUCCAAAAAACUCACAAAUUGGCAUUUUGUGUGUGAAAAUGUAAAUAUUAUAUAUAGGAGUAUUUUACUUAUUCUAUGUAAAUCGUUUUAUGCAGAAUUAAAUAAACACAAUCAACUUAUAUAAUCUAGUAUAAACAUUAACAACAAAUAAUUCGCAAAUUGAUUGUAUUUGUUAAUAUUAAAAUAUCAUAAUACAUUGAUAUCGAUGAAUAACAUAAAAAAAAAUUACAUCAGACGUCAUACAAAAAAAUGAUAAAAUGUAAUUUGUCAUAGUAAAAAGCUCGUAUUAUUCAUAAAUCAUAAUUAUUAAUUUUUAAUCAAAAUUGUAUUUUUGGCGUGUAAUUUAACGGCCAACGAAAUGAGGCGAACCACGACUAUGGAUAGGAAGGGUUUAUUAUAUCAUGGAUAUACCUUUCUAUUUUGUCAUGGGACCGACGUCGGCCAAAAGCCGUUCUUCGGUUUGCGCCACGCGCGUGUUCCCGAUACGCGGUGUUGGU